AAACAGUAUACAGAACUAUUCGAGUAUAGAACACCUUACUAUAUAGCUACCAGAUUGCCUAAUGACUAUUUACGACUUCUUUGCAAUGGCAUCUUUUUCGUGCCUCAAUUUGACCGCAGCCGUGAAAAGAUCGUUCGAGCAUCUCGAAAAGACUAAGCUGCCAGCUUUGAACAAAUCAUUUGGACAAUGUCUUUCCAAUUUCCUCCAGAGAGCUACGAAAUCUUGACGCCUCGGCUGGUGCUCCGAAGCACAAUCGCGCAGGAUGCCGAAGCAAUGAUUGAUCUCAUGUGCAAAGUGGAGAACCUCCCGAUGGGCCAAACCGAGGCAAUGGCCGGCCAGACGGUCGAAGCCAUGGUUGCGCGCCUGGAAAGAUGGAACAGUACUGCCGCGCAAGGCAAGAACGCCUAUCUCGCCAUCGCACUGCGUGACACGAACGAGGUCAUUGGCUACAUGGGCUUCAACUGCUUCCGUACCAAGGAGGAAUUCGAAGGGACAGUCCCUGAGCGAGAGACGCCCCUCCCGGGUGUCGAAGGGCGCUAUCUCACCGACCUGGGCGUCGUAAUGGAUUACAGACAACGGCGCAAGGGAUACUCGACUGAAGUCGUGAGCGCAUGCCUCGAGCUCGCAUUUAAUGCAAUUGGCUGCGAAGUUGUUAGGCUGGAGACAGGGCUUGCAAAUGAGCCAUGGCGCGGACUAAUGUAUGCCUUCGGGUUUGGAGAUCUGGAGGAAAAGGGGGUCCUAAGCUAUGGAGACCAUCCCAUUGGUUGGAUCUAUAACGUGAAAAGGGACGCCUGGAAGAAGACGAGAGAAACCUUAAAGGCACAAGGCAAAUGGCCGCUAUAACAUUAUAUUUCUGCCUAUAGUUUAGGCGGUGUAUUCUGAGUAAUAAAAUUACUGAUCAAAGCGUACUCCGAGGCUGGAAAUAAAUCAACAGACCAGA